UAUUUCAGAUAGAGUUCUGUGUGAGUUCUGUAGGGGAAAGUUGUGUUUGGUUAACAGACAGAGAGGAGCUUUGUGUACCUCUCUCAGACAGGUCAGCUCUCUCUCUCACAGCCUUUUUUCUUUCAUUCUGGGUGCACAGAGCUCCUUUGCAAGCCGUAUAUGAUGCUAUCACUACUGUGCUGUGCUCUGCUGCUUUGUCUGAGUCAGGUCGCUGAUAGCAGGCAGAAGCAGAGAGAAGGGACGGGCCUGGCAGAGAGGAGGCAGUUCUGUAGCUGGCCGUGUAAAUGUGGCGUCCGGCCGCCAUGCGCCCCCGGUGUCAGCUCCAUCUUGGAUGGCUGUGGCUGCUGCAAAACCUGUGCACGGCAGAUUGGUGAAUCAUGCAAUGAAAGGGAUGUCUGUGACCCUCACAAAAGCAUGUACUGUGACUUUUCUAAAGACCAGCCGCGUUAUGAGGUUGGCAUCUGUGCUUACAUGAUGGGGGUUGGUUGUGACCUGAAUGGGGCUCACUAUGAUAACGGACAGGCCUUCCAGCCCAACCCUCUCUACAAAUGCACUUGCAUCUCUGGAGCCAUCGGCUGUACCCCUGCCUUCAUCCAAAAGCCAGCAGGAAUGUUGAGUCCUGCUGUGCUCCAGGGCAACUUGCCAGCAGGCCUCAAGAGCAACCAAAGCCCUAAACACCAACAGGACACCACCUACAGGACUAUUGUCAGGUAAAUGUGACCCUCUUACAGGGAUCCUCCCUUAGCCUGGAAGAAGAACUGUUUGAUCCAGACCACACCCUGGUCACCUUGUUCGCGCACCUGUGGCAUCGGCAUCUCUGUACGAGUCAACAAUGACAACAGCAAGUGUGAGAUGAGAAAAGAGCGCCGACUCUGUCUGCUUCGACCAUGUGAUAAAAAUGCUCUAAAGGGACUGAAGAUGCCAAAAGGGAAAACCUGCAGACCAAAAUUCCAGGCCAGUAAAGCAGAGAAGCUCUCACUGUCUGGCUGUACCAGUGUUAAGAAGCAUCGACCGACAUACUGCGGCAUCUGCACGGACAAGCGCUGCUGUGUUCCUAAUAAGUCCAAAAUGGUGAACAUAGAGUUCCACUGCAAAGGAGGAUCUAACGUACGCUGGAAGAUGCAGUGGAUCACUUCUUGUGUGUGUCAGAGGAAAUGUAAUGAUGCCGGCGACAUGUUCUCAGAGCUGCACUUAAUUUAAAACAGACAAAAAGGAAGUACAAAAUGCUUAUAAGUUUUACUUUAAGUAAACUACAGCAUAUGUACAGUUAUGGCCAGAAAUACUCUAUGCAAUUAUGGAAACAAAGACACAAGUAAAUGUCAACACACUCCUGUUGUAAAUGUGUUCAUGCUCUUUUGUGGUGGUAAUAAACCUCAGUACCUCAGAGUUACUUUCAACUGUCUGCCACUGAACUGAAUGUGUUGGUUUAGAUAGCUACACGCUUUCAUAAUAUGCAAUGGCAUGGUUAAGAAAGACCUAAUUCAAACCGUUGUUUUACAGUAGUUGACCUCGAAGAGGAAAGACGAAAUGUGUUUUCAUUAAUGCCCACUAUCCACCUUAUUUUUAAUGUAAGAGUGGGCACGGCCAUUUGUAAAUUGAAUAUGUCUGGCUUCCGGCGUCAUCCGCUUCCAGUUAUUUUUAGCUGUACAAAACGACUCUUUAUGCUGCUUGCUAUUAUAUCUUACCAUAUUAUUUUAAUGUAAUGCAUUGUCAUAAUUAUAAAACACACUACUUUGUAGCACAAAUAUUUUUAACGUUUACUGCACUUUGUUAUUCUUCUAGUUAUUUACCUAUAGCAGCUAAUGAUGCAGAAGUCUCAUACGUUCACAGUAAAUAGCUUUUUUCCAUGUUAUAAAUAAGGUGAUAGCAUCCCUAGAGUCAAUGCAGAAAAUGAAGUGUGUACUUGUGUUAUGAAAUGCCUUCGUACAGGCAAAACUGACCAGCAUAGAUGUGUCUGCGUUCACAUAUUUGAGUAGAGUAUGUUUCAGGCCUAUACGCACAACUGUCUAAACAAAUUAAAAUCAGUGUUUUAAGCCACGGUCACACUAGAUUUUGAGCAUGCUAAAAUUGUUCGGACACAGCAAUGGUCAUGAUAUUGAGUCACACUCUGCAGCAUAUUUUUUAUGAACAUGAAUUCAACAUAUAACAAAUUGUAUAUUUUAAACAUUUUGAGUAUAUUACUAUCUACUUGAAAUUAAAUAUAUUUAUAUUUUAAUUCUAAGAAGAAGUCAUGCCAUGAUGUAUUGAUCUUCUACUGGUCACACAUCUUCACGUGAUGUGAAAAUGCAGCUCAGAGUUCACCAAACUUUGGAACACUUUUUUUCCUAUAAGCAUGCGUUUGCGGUCUGAUGCAUUUGCAUGUGUAUGAAUGGCAGUCAAUUGAACAAAAAUGUGUAGUGUGACCGCCCCUUAACUUUGUUGUUUGAAAUACAACAAGUAAAGAAGAAGGGGAGACAUUUUUAUAAACACUUUAAUAAAGCAAUGUCAAACAUGUUAA